UGAACCUCCUCUCGAGACUAAAUACAAACACAUGGCCUGACUGUUGAAAUGGUUGGGAGUGCAUUAUGUCUGUGUCUUUGCAUUUCAGUUUGAAAUAUAACAUAAGAAUUUGGGUGUUUGAGUAGAGAAGUUCGAACUUGAUUCUGAACGUUUAAACACUCAACUUUAUUGUACUGAUUUUCUUUUCAAGCAGUUGAAAGGCUAAGGGUACAAGAUGACUACCUACAUGGACAGAGGUGAAAAGCACGACCACGGCAAGUUCGUCUGUUUCGACCACAUCACAUUCUGGGUUGGAAAUGCCAAACAGUGUUUUUUCUUCCUGUUUCAACAGGCAGCAUCUUACUAUUGUAACAAGCUUGGAUUUGAACCGUUGGCCUACCAGGGUUUAGAGACAGGCUGCCGUGAUGUGGUGUCCCAUGUGGUCAAACAAGACAAGAUUAUUUAUGUAUUCGCAUCUGCCCUCAAUCCUGCAAACAAAGAAAUGGGGGAGCAUUUGGUCAAACAUGGGGAUGGAGCCAAGGAUAUUGCAUUCACUGUGGAGAACUGUGAUUACCUUGUGCAGAAAGCCAGAGAGCGUGGUGCCAUCAUAGUGAAAGAGCCGUAUGUACUGGAGGACAAAUAUGGCAGGGUAAAACUAGCUGUUCUUCAGACGUAUGGGGACACCACACACACAUUUGUGGAGAGGACUGCCUACAAUGGGCUGUUCCUCCCAGGGUUCCAUACUCCUCUCCACCGGGACCCCUUGUUGGCCAAGCUACCCAGUGGAUUACUGAACUUCAUUGACCAUGUUGUGGGGAACCAGCCGGAUGAUGAGAUGGUGCCUGUAGUGGAAUGGUACCAGAAAAACCUGCUCUUCCACCGGUUCUGGUCAGUAGACGACAAGCAGCUGCAGACAGACUUCAGUGCACUACGCUCCAUUGUUGUGGCCAAUUAUGAAGAGACAGUGAAGAUGCCCAUUAAUGAGCCAGCCAUGGGUAAACGCAAGUCCCAGAUCCAGGAGUAUGUGGAGUACUAUGGUGGCCCAGGUGUCCAGCACAUCGCCAUGAACACAUCAGACAUCAUCACCGCAAUCCGUAACCUGAAGGAGCGUGGCAUGGAGUUUAUGUGUGUGCCAGACACCUACUACCAGCUGCUGAGAAAGAAUCUCCAACAAUCGCAAGUCAGGGUCACUGAGGACCUGGACAUUCUGGAGGAGCUGAAGAUCUUAGUGGAUUUUGAUGACAACGGCUACCUGCUCCAGAUCUUCACCAAGCCUGUUCAGGACCGUCCCACAGUGUUCCUGGAGGUCAUUCAGAGACACAACCAUCAGGGCUUUGGUGCAGGCAACUUCAAGGCUCUUUUCGAGGCCAUCGAGGCAGACCAGAACGCUAGAGGGAACUUGACUAUCCUGACCCCUAAUGGCGUGUCUAACCAAAUUUGAUGUACCUCUCUGAUUUACACGAUUGAUAUAAUGUCUAUUAUCUCUGAAGCUUACAUUUAAUUUAGAAAUAUUGAAAAUAAUUUGUUCAACAAUUUAUAUCUGAGGUGAACCAGAAUCUAGUUGAAUGACUUUGAUGGAUAAAUUGCUGCUCUAUGCACACACUAUUCAAAUUUAAAUUAUGAUUGACAUGCCUUCUGGAGUCAAAGGUAGGAAUGAUUGUUAAUUAUUCAAAUAAUAUAGUGACGCUAAAAUAACAUAAAAAAUAUAUUUUACUUGAUGCCAAUUUUAAAUACAGUGAUUUCAGAAAGUAUUCAUACCCCUUGACUUAUUCCACAUUUUGUUGUGUUACAGCCUGAAUUCAAAAUGGAUUAAAUAAAGAAAAAAUUGUCACCCGGCUACAAA